GGUAUUAAUCAGUGAAUUGAAACAGGUUGCAUAGACCAAACUAAGGAAUUGAUUCAGAAAAUACUUUCAAACAAAUUCUGUGUUUGUGGUCCCCACUUAAAUAAUGAGAUUUGUACCCCUUGCCUACAACCUCCUUAUCCAAACUCACUUAACUGAUUGUUCACUUAUCUACUAAACAUUGAAAAACAUACAGAAUCAUCAAAUAAAAGAUGUAUACCCCAAAUCUCUACCCCCACACCUGAAACCUAUACUCAAAAUAUAGAUGUUGAAACCUCAACUACCAUUUGGUCAGUUUAAACAGAAUUCAAAGCCCCAAAAUGAAGACUCUUUUUGUUUGGUAAAGCCCCUCAUCUAUAUUUUUACAGGACAUCCUGGCAUCUUGUGGUUUAUCAAACCACAUCAGCUGGCAAAAAAACCAAUCAAUGCUGGGACUUGUAAUUCCCCAUCAUCUCUUUAUAAGCUUCAAAUAUUUUCCUUAAGACAUCAGACUGGUGGUAUAGAGCACUAUAGAGUAGAAGUAACAUUGAGAGAGAGAAAGGGAGUAGAACAUAAAUAGUGAUUUAGUGUGUAGAUAUUACAGUGAUUUAAGGACUUUAGGUUCUGUUGGAGGAUUGUUCUAGUGUAGUUUUGUAGCAGUCAGAAUGUGGCCUGUCUUCGUGUCUUUGGUUGUGUUGUGCUGGACAGGUGUGUCCAAGUCCUCCAUGGAGUGUCCCUGGAACAAGUUUCACCUGGGCCGCAUCAACACCAAGAUCAUCUUCCUUCUUGAAAACAUGGGAGGAUAUUUACCUCGACAGUGUGCGGAAAACCAGACUGCACCUAUUUUCCCACAAAAUGUCUUCAGUGAUGCAACGGAGGAUUCGGUACCAAUGCUUGCCUUAAAAACAUUGCAGCUGUUCUCACAAGUUUUUGAUGGCAAUCAGACCUCGAUGCCAUGGAAUCCGAUGAAAGUACAGCUCUUGAACAACCUUGUUUUCCGCCAAACCAACAAUCUACAGCAGUGUGUGGACAAGGAUGGGGUGACGGAUGCAGAGACCCCAGCAACAGCCCUGGCCUCCUUUGCUGAUCAUCUGGCCAUCUUACACACUCAGGAGGUCUGUAUUCUAUUAUAUUAUAUUGUCUGUCUAUCUGUCUCUCUACAUGGCUUCAUGUCUUGUCGGUGGGUCUUCCUCUGCCCAUUUGCCUCCUCUUUUUCUUUCUGUCUAUCUGCCUUAGUGCCUGUCUGUCGGUCUUCUAUAUAUCUGCCUGGUUUGCAGAAGUGUUCGUAAGUGGUCUAUCUACCUCGCCACCUCUCUUCAUAUAACUGAUGCUGUUUUUCUGUCAUUCGGAACCAGAAAUGUGCUUUAGCUGUGGGUCAAUCUCACUCUUCAUCUCGCUU